AUGCCGCAAAUAAACCUCUCCCACACCACCCCCAUCAACCCGCCCUCCGCUACCCCUCCCCUAACAGCCCCUCAACUCUGGGCCGGCCUGCAGCGAAAAAUCCGGUUCGCCCAAGAAUUCGUGCCUGUCAUCGAGUCCUGCACCGUUCUGUCCGAAGAACCAGCUUCUUCUUCGUCCGCCUUCGGCUCCUCCGGCACAGUAGUCACCCGCGAAGUAAUCUUCAAAAAGGGGCUAGCGCCUAAACCGCAAGCCAAAGAAGUAGUGACGAGUUAUUGGCCUAGUUGGGUCGAGUUUGAACAGGAAGACGGGAGUGUGAUUAGGAACAUUAUCUCUGAGGGAGGGGAAGGGGAACUGUAUAUGACGUAUGCGUUUCAAUUUGAUGUGCAGGGGGAGGAGGGGAGUAAGGCAUUGGAGGAGGAGGUGGGGAGAUUGAAAAAGAUGGCGAAGACGGCGGUUGAGAGUAGUAUUACUGCGAUUAGGGAUAUGGUGAAGGAUGGGAGGAUUACGGUUUAA